AUGAAUGUUGCAUCAACCACUGUAAUUACCGGUUUCCGAUUAUUCUACGAAGAGGUUGUUGGUGGCGUUCGUUCCGAGCUACGUGAACGUCUUGGUACCGAGACCGUACCACUAGCUGAUGUGCAGCGUGAAGUCGCACGGUUGUGGAAGAUAUGCCCACAUCAAGAGGAAUAUCGCCAAAAAGCCGCUUUGUUAAGGCAAACGCAACCUGCUAACGAACCAAAGGGCGCUAAUGCUACGGAUGAGCAGGUAAUACCGGUACACAGGCUCCGCCGUAUCCUGGAGUUGGAUGAGGAAGCACCGAGGGUAAGCAGGGACGCUUUGCGAUUACUGGGUAGAGCUACUACAAUAUUUUUAUCACAAUUUGCAAGUAACUUGCAUAAACAUAUCCUAGACACCGAUGCGAACUACCCGGCUAAACCGGAACAUAUAUGGAAUAUCGUCAAGAGUCCGCUCUAUCCCAAGUACAAGUUCUUAGAGUGCUCAGAGAAACAACUAGCCUGCUCACAAGACAAAAAAAUAGCUUCAGCAUUAUCGCAAGGCAAUUCUAACGUGGCUUAUCGGGAUUCUGAAGAUGUUAUUGGCGGCGAUGUGCCGGCUCCAGAAGGUGUGUCAACAGUAACACAUGUGGAAAAAACCCCAAGACCAGCUGAUACCGACUAUCGUGCAUAUACCACAAUGGGCCGUAUGUACGGAAAGGGCAAGGGUAUCUCCUCGUCGAGUAUCCCUUAUCGCCGCAGGCCAGCAUCAUGGGUUAAGACUAAACCCCUGGACCUUGAACAACAAAUCGUAAAACUUGCAAAAAAAGGAAUGACACCCUCACAAAUUGGUGUUGUUCUUCGUGAUUCUAACGCUGUACCCCUAGUCAAGGCUAUCACGAACAACAAGAUACUCAGGAUCCUCAGAGGACAUGGGUGGGCACCUGACAUCCCAGAGGACCUCUACUACCUAGUGAAGAAAGCUGUUGUUAUGAGGAAGCACAUGGAACACAACCUCAAUGAUAAAGACUCCAAGUUCAGAUUGAUUCUAUUGGAAUCAAGAAUACACAGACUUGCGAGAUACUUCAAGAAAAAGAGAAGACUACCAGCUAACUGGAAGUACAAGUCUGAGACUGCUAGUGCCCUUUUGGGUUAA